GCAAAUGCAUCCGCAGCAGAUGCAUCAACAGCAGAUGCAGGUGCCAGGCUACGAGCAGCCGGUUGAGAUCCACCAAUUCAUGGCGGGCCACCCGGAGACUGAGAUCGACGCGCCGGACGAUGCCAGACCGCGCGUCCAGGAGCCCGCGAAGUUUCUCGCUCCCGACACCACGCUGAACGUCAUGCCCUCCAUGGCCGGAGAUCUGCUUAUGGCGCUCAGCGAGGGUGGCUUGCAAUAUCUGCUGGCCGGCGCCAGAGCAAGCAUGGGUAUCCGAAGCGGUCGCUAUAUGUAUGAGGUUCGCGUUUGCGAGUGCCCACGUCAGGAGGACUGCGUUCAACAAGGAGUCAAGCCACCUUUGCCUCGAAAUUUGCUGCGGAUUGGUUUUGGCACGAGAGAUGCGGCUUUGCUCUUAGGUGAUGCUGAGGACAGCAUCUCCUUCGAUUCUGAGGGCAACUUCAUCUUCAAUCGGAGGCGCACACAGGUCACGCAGCGGAUGACGAGUGGCUCAGCGCUGGCCGUUAUGCUUAAUUUGACGGAGGAAGGCCCCGACGCAUUCACGAUGUCGCUCUUCCGGGACGGCGAGCGGAUUACCAGGCCUCAGCCGAUCCCUGACGUGUUGAAGGGCAAGCCGCUGUUCCCUAUGAUUACCUUCAAGAACUUGACGGUGCAUGUGAACUUCGGCCCCGAGCCCUUGGCAGACAUGCCAUUCAAGUGCCGCAUGAUGAACGACGCGGCAGAGGCGGAUGUGGCCCACAUCAAGUACCCACCGCAGAAGGACGGACGCCCGGAGGUGCUCUUCCCGGUGUUCUUGCCCGGAGAGGGCACUUUCCACUGGAUCGAUUGGUUUCUCACCGAGCAUCCCGAGUUCACGGAGAUCAGUGAUCGGAAGAUGGUGGAUUGGUGCCUGAAGAGUGGCAUCAAGCGCCACUGGCGGGAGGCGACGAGGGCUUCGAACGACAAGCCGGAGACCAACUUUGGUAUCUAUGCCUUGGAUGAUGGCACUGUGAAGAAGUCGCUGCUGUCUGCUGCUGGCAUUCAGGGCCGCAACGUCGUGGUCGUGGAGAUCCAAUCCAACCUCGCAAAGCAGGAUCGUGCCACGCUCCUUCAGCUCUUCUCCACUCCCGGGCUGCGGCACACGGCCAAGGUGCUGAUUGGAGAGCCCACGCCCGACUACCGAAAACACGUGUGUGAGAUCCUCCUGAAAGAGAAGCAGAUUCGCCUGGACAAGGCGUUCUUUGGAAGGAACUACGACCCUGCUUACGUGGCGCAGCGCCAGGCAGAGGCCAAAAGAAGAAAGCUGCUGGCCGAGGCAGAAGCCAAGGAGGCCAAGGCUCGGGCAGAGGCCGAAGCCAAGGACCGUGCCGACGCGGAGGCAGACGUGAAGGCCAAGGACGGUGUUGCUGCUACGGACGGCAAGGAGGCCGCAGGGAAAGAGAAC